AACAGAUUUAGUGAAAUAAGUUUUUUCUGUUUUCAAUUUAAUGACAAACAGGACGUUAUAGCGAUAAACGGUAUUGAGCCUUUCAUAUAAUUUGUUGUCAUUUUCGCCGAGUGGAAAUUAUCAAAAGUAAACCGAUAAUAUGUGUCUUGCAAUCUAAUGAAUUUUAUAGAAUUAAUAUGUAUUAAUACUUUACUCCAAUAGUGAAUAUACAUUAGGAGCGGAAAUAUAAUGGAGAUUUCAGGUUCGCACGGACAUGGAAUAUCAUCACCUAUGGACGAAUCGGGAAGCAAAAGUGAAUUGGCUGGGGAUUAUGCAAAGUUGGCAAUAUCAAAGGAUAGCAAAUGCUAUAGUACCAUUGAAUAUAAGCAAUCAGCAGACAAUAGAAACUCUGAGAAACUUUAUGAAAAUGUAUUGACCCUAUCUAAGACUCAAAACGCUUGUACAAUCAGCGGGAAGCGUAAGAAAGGCAAAAACAAAACCAACAAUAUCAAACAGAAAGUAAACAAAGGCUCGUUUGAAAUCAGAAAUAUGAAAAUUGUCAUGUGUAUACAAAUUACAAUCUCUCUCUUCUCUCUUGUGAUUAGUACUAUUGCAGUUUUGGUUAUUGUUGAGCCAGGAUUAAAAGAUGGUAGUUGGUCGGUCUGGGGGUCUUGGGGUGACUGCAGUACAUCUUGCGGCGGUGGACUUCGGUCAAGAUCAAGACGCUGUGCUUUGCCAAGACCGUCGCUUUUUAUCGAGUAUUGCGAAGGUGAUAAUAUACAAGUGGAGACAUGUGGUCGCAAAGCAUGCAGUGAGGACAUUUAUGCCUUUUAUGCAUACCAAGCCUCUGUCUUGGAAAAUAGUUCAUUUCAGACGGUAAUAUUUACCCAGGUGUUGUUUAACAAUGGUGGAGCGUACAAUAACUCGAAUGGAAUCUUUACUGCCCCGGCGACUGGAAUUUUUCAGUUCAAUAGCCAUCUUUGUGUAGAAAAUAAUGGAAAGGAUAAGAAUUAUGCACUUGCAGCUGAAGGGAAGAAAUUAGUAAGCGGAGAAUUCAGAACAUCGUUGAACGAUUCGAAAUACUACGUUACGGACGUGAAAUGUACAUCAUUUGGAGUUACCGCUUACCUACGUCAAGAGGAAAGGAUUUUCAUUCAAGCCUCGUUUUUAUUACAAAAUGAUGAUGGCAUGAAUACCUUUUCCGGUGUUCUUAUCCACAAGCAGUAGAACCAACAUAUAUAUCAAAACAAAAUACUGUACAGAAGAGCGUUUUGUUUAUUUUUUACAGUAAACCUGACUUAUCCGGCAUCUGAUUUUAAAGGAAACCUGUCUUAUCCGGUACAGUCCUUUGGUCCAAAAAUUCACUAUAUAAUCAAUAUAAACAAAACCUGAUUUGUAUAGUUAUUUUAUAUUAAGAUCGCUUAUCUCUGCACUGACUCACAUUUAGCAGAAAAGUAUGUUAAUAUGACACGUUUUCAGAAACUAAACAAUUUGCAAUUCAAUUUGUCUUUUUUUAACUAUAACUUGCCAAUUUGUAAGUCGCUCCCUUUACGAUAUGUGAAUUUGGUUGCAUUGUUUGAUUUGCUCAGUGUUUCGAGAUUCAUACCUGUCUGUUUAAUUAUCCAUAUACGACAAUAUGGUUUGCUUGUGACUGCUGAUUUUUGUAUUAUGUUCUGUUAUAUCUACAUGUAUUAAAAAUAAAGCGCUAUCGUAUUAAUACAUGUUUCAAAAUAUAUAGAUAUUUAAUAUGGCUGCUAAAAAGUGUUAGUCUUCUUACUCAACCUUCUGUUAAGGUAUGUAGGGUUUUCUAGAUUUUAUACACGAACAUUUGUGUGAUUUACAUAUCGUGCCUUUUGUUACCACAGGUGUUAGGAAUUAACUGAUAUUUACACUGUCCUGUGACUUUGGAAGAUAGUAGGGGGUAAGAGUGAGGUUUAUUGCAUACCAAUAAACUCUCGAGUGGUGUUUUACCAAGACUGUUCCAAGGCUAAGACCUUCUGUGUGUUCAUGUAUUUGUUUUGUAAUUGCUUGUUUUACUUUGUCGUAUGUUUUUGUAUAAAAGCAAAUCAUUUACAUAUCCAUGCAUAUACUGCUGUAAAGUUUCUGUUCGGGUAAGCUUCGUAGCUAUUCGUUUUUGACCUCUUUCCUUGGUUUUCGAUUUUCGCUUUAUAAUUUAUUGUCACACCCCGUGGCAUACUUGUAACUUUAUUUUCGUGUCAUAUAGAUUUAAAUAACGACCAAAGUCAUAGUUUUACGUAGACAAUCUAGUAGAUUGAAGUAAGCUAGACAAAGACCUACUUCUAUUUGAAUAUACUAUAUAAAGUUUAAUUGAGAUGCAUACUAACUUGCUACAUACCAAUAUUUAUUUAGAGCAUUGAUUUCUCAGAAAUAUACGUCGCGUUAUUUGAUUAUUAAACAAAUUACAACAUAUUUUCUUAAUUGCACAAAUAAUAAACAAACUACAACUAAAUCUUCGUCAAUAAAUCAAAUGUAUCGCUUAAAAUGAUAUUAUAUAUUACAUCACAGUGCGAAUUUUAUGAAGCAAUGAAACAGAAGGGUAUCUACCUAAUAGAACAGCGAUAUAGGGCUAUUCGGAAAAUAAUCCUCACUUUCUUCCUGCGUUGCCGUUUAUUUCGCUAAGGAGCUUAGAAUGACUGUCUGAAUGAAACUCCAUUAUCCAGACGGACAAACAUUAAAAACAACACUUAAUGCAAGUAUGGGUAACUCAAGAAGUUAAUUUAUUUACAAGAGCAUUCUUUUUACAACAUAGAACUCAACUAGGCAAACAGUAGCAGACUCGUUUUGAGUCUUUUCUAAACAUAUGAUUGGAAUAAAAACAGAAAAGUUCUUAAAGUAAAGGACAAAGUCGUUAUAAACAUUCUCCAAGAACACACUUGAAAAAAAUAAAGAAAAUAAGAUUGAUCUGAAUAAUUCGGCGGUUUUCUGGAGUACUUCUUCAUUUAU